GACGGGAGCUGAGAUCAAGAGUCAGAUGUUAACUGCCUGAGCCACUUAAGCACCCCUUUCAUGGAGUUUUGAAGCAGAAAUGACAUUAUCUUCAUUUAUACUUUUUUUUCUUUCCUAGUUCAAGUAUAACAUGUACAACAAUCCUAAGGCGUAUCGUCUAAUUUGAAAGUCUUCCAUGAAAACUUCACUUUAAAAAAAUAAGUAAUGCCAUCAUCUGUUAUCCUAAAAGACUGAAAUGGGGGCUGUCAAUUUGAGGGCCUCAUGGUUAUGAAUGUGCUUCAAUUUCAUAAUGCCUCCUGCUAUGGCAGACAUCCUUGACAUCUGGGCAGUGGAUUCACAGUUAGCAUCUGAUGGCUCCAUACCUGUGGAUUUCCUUUUGCCCACUGGGAUUUAUAUUCAGUUGGAGGUUCCUCGGGAAGCUACCAUUUCCUAUAUUAAACAGAUGUUAUGGAAGCAAGUUCACAAUUACCCAAUGUUUAACCUCCUUAUGGAAAUUGACUCCUAUAUGUUUGCAUGUGUGAAUCAAACUGCUGUAUAUGAGGAGCUUGAAGAUGAAACAAGAAGGCUCUGUGAUGUCAGACCUUUUCUUCCAGUUCUCAAAUUAGUGACAAGAAGUUGUGACCCAGGGGAAAAAUUAGACUCAAAAAUUGGAGUCCUUAUAGGAAAAGGUCUACAUGAAUUUGAUGCACUGAAGGAUCCUGAAGUGAAUGAAUUCCGAAUAAAAAUGCGCAAAUUCAGUGAAGAAAAGAUUCAGUCACUUGUGGGAUUGUCUUGGAUGGAUUGGCUAAAACAGACGUAUCCACCAGAACAUGAACCAUCCAUCCUUGAAAACUUAGAAGAUAAACUUUAUGGAGGAAAGCUCAUUGUGGCUGUUCAUUUUGAAAAUUGUCAGGAUGUGUUUAGCUUUCAAAUAUCUCCUAAUAUGAAUCCUAUCAAAAUAAAUGAACUGGCAAUCCAAAAACGUUUGACUAUUCAUGGGAAAGAAGAUGAAGUUAGCCCGUAUGACUAUGUGUUACAAGUCAGUGGGCGAGUAGAAUAUGUGUUUGGUGAUCACCCACUAAUUCAGUUCCAGUAUAUCCGGAACUGUGUAAUGAAUAGGACCUUGCCUCAUUUUAUGCUUGUGGAAUGUUGCAAGAUCAAGAAGAUGUAUGAACAGGAAAUGAUUGCCAUAGAAGCUGCCAUAAAUAGAAAUUCAUCAAACCUUCCUCUUCCUUUACCACCAAAGAAAAUGCGAAUUAUUUCUCAUGUUUGGGAAAAUAACAACCCUUUCCAAAUUGUCUUGGUUAAGGGAAAUAAACUUAACACAGAAGAAAGUGUAAAAGUUCAUGUCAGGGCUGGCCUUUUUCAUGGUACCGAACUCCUGUGUAAAACCAUCGUAAGCUCAGAGAUAUCAGGGAAAAAUGAUCACAUUUGGAAUGAACCACUGGAAUUUGAUAUAAAUAUUUGUGACCUGCCACGAAUGGCUCGAUUAUGUUUUGCUAUUUAUGCAGUUUUGGAUAAAGUGAAAACGAAAAAAUCGACUAAAACUAUUAAUCCCUCUAAAUAUCAGACCAUCCGGAAAUCUGGGAAAGUGCAUUAUCCUGUAGCAUGGGUAAAUACAAUGGUUUUUGACUUUAAAGGACAGUUGAGAUCUGGAGACAUAAUACUGCACAGCUGGUCUUCAUUUCCUGAUGAACUUGAAGAAAUGUUGAAUCCAAUGGGAACUGUUCAGACAAAUCCAUAUACGGAAAAUGCAACAGCUUUGCAUAUCAAAUUCCCAGAGAAUAAAAAACAACCUUAUUAUUAUCCUCCCUUUGAUAAGAUAAUCGAGAAGGCAGCUGAGAUUGCAAGCAGUGACAGUGCUAAUGUAUCAAGUCGAGGUGGAAAAAAGUUUCUUGCUGUACUGAAAGAAAUCUUGGACAGGGAUCCCUUGUCUCAACUGUGUGAGAACGAAAUGGAUCUUAUUUGGACUUUGCGACAAGAUUGCAGAGAGAAUUUCCCACAGUCACUGCCAAAAUUACUGCUGUCAAUCAAGUGGAAUAAACUUGAAGAUGUUGCUCAGCUUCAAGCCCUACUUCAGAUUUGGCCUAAACUGCCCCCCCGGGAGGCCUUGGAGCUUCUAGAUUUCAACUAUCCAGAUCAGUACGUGCGAGAAUAUGCUGUGGGCUGCCUGCGACAGAUGAGUGAUGAAGAACUCUCUCAAUAUCUUUUACAACUGGUGCAAGUUUUGAAAUAUGAGCCUUUUCUUGAUUGUGCCCUCUCUAGAUUCCUAUUAGAAAGAGCACUUGCUAACCGCAGGAUAGGGCAGUUUCUAUUUUGGCACCUUAGGUCAGAAGUGCAUAUUCCUGCUGUCUCAGUACAGUUUGGUGUCAUCCUUGAAGCAUACUGCCGGGGAAGUGUAGGGCAUAUGAAAGUGCUUUCUAAGCAGGUUGAGGCACUCAAUAAAUUAAAAACUUUAAAUAGUUUAAUCAAACUGAAUGCAAUGAAGCUAAACAGAGCCAAAGGGAAGGAGGCCAUGCAUACUUGUUUAAAACAGAAUGCUUACCGGGAAGCCCUCUCUGACCUGCAGUCACCUCUGAAUCCGUGUGUCAUCCUCUCAGAACUCUAUGUUGAAAAAUGUAAAUACAUGGAUUCCAAAAUGAAGCCUUUGUGGCUCGUGUACAACAACAAAGUUUUUGGUGAGGAUUCAGUUGGAGUGAUUUUUAAAAAUGGUGAUGAUUUACGACAAGAUAUGUUGACACUCCAGAUGUUGCGCUUGAUGGAUUUACUUUGGAAAGAAGCUGGUCUGGAUCUUCGGAUGCUGCCUUAUGGCUGUUUAGCAACAGGAGACCGCUCUGGCCUCAUCGAAGUUGUGAGCACCUCUGAAACAAUUGCUGACAUUCAGCUGAACAGUAGCAAUGUGGCUGCAGCAGCGGCCUUCAACAAAGAUGCCCUUCUGAACUGGCUUAAAGAAUAUAACUCUGGGGAUGACCUAGACCGAGCCAUUGAAGAGUUUACCUUGUCCUGUGCCGGCUACUGUGUAGCUUCUUAUGUCCUUGGGAUUGGUGAUAGACAUAGUGACAACAUCAUGGUCAAGAAAACCGGCCAGCUCUUCCACAUUGACUUUGGACAUAUUCUUGGAAAUUUCAAGUCUAAAUUUGGCAUUAAAAGGGAACGAGUGCCUUUUAUUCUUACCUAUGAUUUCAUUCAUGUGAUUCAACAAGGAAAAACAGGAAACACAGAAAAAUUUGGCCGUUUCCGCCAGUGUUGUGAGGAUGCAUAUCUGAUUUUACGACGUCACGGGAAUCUCUUCAUCACUCUUUUUGCACUGAUGUUGACUGCAGGGCUUCCUGAGCUCACAUCAGUCAAGGAUAUACAGUAUCUUAAGGACUCUCUUGCCUUAGGAAAGAGUGAAGAAGAAGCGCUUAAGCAAUUUAAGCAAAAAUUUGAUGAGGCACUCAGGGAAAGCUGGACUACUAAAGUGAACUGGAUGGCCCACACAGUUCGGAAAGACUACAGAUCUUAAUGAUCAGCCUUUGCUCCUAAUGUAUUUGUUGGUUUUGUUUAGUUUUCAUUUUGCACUUGCACUAAAUUGAACAUGACCCUGCCGGAGAUGUUUUAAAGGGAAUGAAAUCCUAGAACUCAUUUAAAUUAAGAACAAGGCAUCCCACAGAACCUAAUCUGCACAGUUCCUGAUGACCACCCUCUGCUUCAUUGAAUGCUUCCAAGAUUCAUCAUGAAAACUCUCAACAUUAUGGAUAAUCAUUUCCUGCUGACUUUGCACGCCGAGGAAUGCUACUAGAGAUUGUUUUCUGUCGUCGUCGUCUUCUUCUUCUUCUUCUUCUUCUUCUUCUUUUUUUUUUUUAAGUAUUUGGUACUUUUCCAGAAAGGUGUAAAUACUUCUUUUUGUAUUGUGACCAAGUGUUAUCACUCAGCCGACUUAUCCACUCCUGGGCACUGGUAGUUGUUCUUAUUUUCCAAAUGACGCUUAAAAGAAAGGUAUCUUUCUUCCCCUUUUAAAUUGUGUAAACUACAAAUUAUAACAUAAUUUGAAAUUAUUUUUUUUUUUUCAAAAGAAAUCUCUAAAUCUAUGGAAACAUUAAUUCUUUUGUUGAUAUUUAUCUACCAGGACAGCAUCAUUUCUAGCAGGCUUGCUGAAGACCUGCUGGUGAGGCAAAUAUAAUAUAUAUGUUGCAUAUAUAUUUAUAAAAUUUCUAGUGGGAGUUCUAUAUAAAAAGACAUUUCUUUGGUUUUUUUUUUUCAGUCUGUGUUUUAAAGUUUUACAAAAAGAAGAGCUUUUUCCUAAGUUACUUUUUUUAGUUAACUAUGUGAUCCAGUUCUUCCAGUUGCUUCUGUAAUGAGGCACAUAGUACUUGUCAGUUUUUACAUGGUAUCUAUGAAAGAGUUCAUUUCAUAGAGCCUAAUACUUGAGCAAAUGCAUCCAAUACAGAAAGCAAAUGAAAAGGAAACUAUUUAUGGAAUCAUCUCCACACCUAAAAUUCAGUAUUUUAGUAAAAUGCCAGCUGUUCUUACUGUAUUUAUUAAAACUUGUAAUAAUGUGAUUUUUUCAAGGAUAUUAGCUCAAAUUGAAAUGGUUUCAUGCCACAUGGAAUUCUUUAAUUUAUUUUAUUUGUUGAGGUACCAUAUCUUUAGGGUGCUAGAUGGCAAAUAAUGUUAAUAUGUGCAAUAAGAACUACUGGUUUGAAUGUGUAAAUGGAUGCUCUUUCUGAGUACUGGCAAUAUCCAUCAAAACUACUGCUUUUUCUCCAAAGACUUUUGGGAGCUCUCAGUCCUCAGUGACAUGAGAAAGAGAACUGAUUAUUUGCCCUGUGACUGAGUUUUCUAUAGGAAUUUUAUUAAAGAUUGUUUAAUUUUGUUGUCCUCCUUCAUGUUCUCAGUCAAAUAAAUGGGUGAGCUGGUUUCAGCUGCUCUUGGGAUUUGUGGGCUGCUUCUUUAUGGACAGCACAGGCCUUUAGAUCUUGGCACUGGGACUCUAAGAAAUGGCCAAGUUAAGGGACAAAUCAAUCUGAGGAAUAGGCUGAGGCUCAUGGUCUCUUCUCUGACUUCUACCUCUGCUUCCCAGCCCCAACAGGCAGUGUGGGAAGCCGCUUGGACCGUAGUUGGUGCCUGAGGCUCAUCAAGUUUCCAUACCUUUGUGUGAGGUACCCUGAGGUUGGGGAGAAUGCCUGUUCAGUUACUCAGUACCCAAGCCAAGGCCAGACUGUGGCCACUUUGUAGCUCUCUUCCAUGGGGCAGAUGUUCAGGGGAAGUCAUAGUUUCUUAGAAAUAAGUCAGCCGAGGAUGGAGAUUGACCUCUAAACUGACCAUUCAGGGCUGGUCCAAACUCAGUGAGAGUUCCAGGAAUAGGACUGUGAAGGAUAGAUUUGUUCAAGGCUCUUUGUCCGGUAGCAGUCUACCAUUACAUGCACUAGGUCGCAGGUCAGGAGUUUGGAGACUGGUGAAUGUUGCCAGCUGGAAGUGGGCCCCACUGCUUUCAGAGGGGUCUCCUCACCCUACACGGAACCUUGGUUUAAAAAAUACAUAUAUUCACAAUGAAUGUGAAUGUCAAGAGUAAGAAAGAGAAAUAAACAGUCCUGGGUGUGGGCCCAGGAUGACUCUGUACUCCCCCUCCACCAUCUCUGCCAUAAGCCCCUCAAAGAUAGCCAGGACACUAUGACACAGUAGCCCUCUGUAGCUGCCAACCACUCGUAACAGGUGCUCCCCACAUACUUCCUGAAUUGCAUAUUUCUGAUUCUCAGGGGCUCUGUCAGAGCCAGAGAGGGGAGAUGGAAGGCAGAGGAUAGCUAACCAAGAAGUCUGGGCUGCAGGGUCAGCUUGUUGCAUGGGGUCUCGUUACCCAUUACCUUGCCUGUUUAGUGCUCUGGUCAACAAUAAAUCUUAGCCCAAAA